GUCGGCCCCGCCCAUCUUGGUUGUCAUAGUGAGACGGGACGCACUGAGACUCCAGGAUCCCAACCGCUGGAAGCUAGAGGCUGGCGCUAUGGAGUACACGGGGAGCCAGUAUAUUGGGAAAUACGUAGACGGGAGGAUGGAGGGUGAAGCCGAAUACCUCCUCCCUACUGAAACAAAAUAUGUUGGCGAAAUGAAGGACGGCAUGUUUCAUGGCCAAGGAACCCUGUACUUCCCCAGUGGGAGCCGCUAUGAUGCCAUUUGGGAAAAGGGACUGGCUGUGAAGGGCACUUACACCUUCCCAGACGGGCUGCAGUAUGAUGCCCAGCACUGGCAUUACUGCGACAGCUAUGACCGGAGGUUUUACACCGAGAUCUGCUAUGGCUUGAAGCCUGCAGGGAUCUCUCAACUCACCAAUAUAGACCCGCCUAGGAAAAUCCCCGAAGGCUGUUACGAUUGCGGAGACGGCUUCUAUAACCCUGUCACCAGGAUAAUCAAAGACUAUAGGAACCGCUUUUUGAGAAAUGCAGGUGGAGAAGGCGAGGUGACAUACUUUGCCUAAAGUGGCACAAACCUGGAACUUGACCCCAGGUUCAACUGACUCAAAGCUAAAGGUGGCAUCUGAUGGUUCUGGAGUCUCCUAGUGAAAGAAAGAAAGAGCCGGAACCUUCCUUUUCCCCUGGAUAGUUCUCUGCCCACUUUUUUUGCUCCAAAACUGCCCAAAGAGCAAGACUUUUGGUGCCACUGACAAACCCAGACUCAUUUUGAGGCCACUGUCUUCACCUGACAGGCGAGAAACCUGGGACCUGCAGAGGGAAGUCACCCGCCCAGCCCCAUACCGCCUGCGUGUGGUAGCGCCGGGCCCGGUCCCCGCCACCAGCCAGGCAACCCUCUGCAGCAAAGCCGCCUCUCCACAACGCUUCUCCUGUGGCUUCGGCAAAAUGGCCCAGUGAAGUCUCCCACACGGGCCCUCCCGCCGUCAUCUCUCCGCGACACAAAAGGCAAUUUGCCCAAAUGUUAUAAUCACCUGGAGGCUGGCACACAGGGGGCAUCCCCGCCUUAUCCGUGGUAUUGUUAGCAGCGCCGUAAUGAAGGCUUUGUGGAGGGAUAAUGUCACACUUGUAACUGCCAAAUAAAAUGCCUGCACAGAUCA